AUGAAACUAGUAUUGCUUUUUGCAACUGUGAUCGCGCUUCUCGGCAUGCACCUUGAAGGAACCAAAGGAAUGCCGGCUAAAAAACUCGUAAACCGAUUGGAUCGUCGCGCGCCAAUGGGUAGAGGUAGACCUCUAACGAGGGGGGAGUUAAGAGACUUGAAAUCAAAAUCGCUGGACAUGAAAAAGGGGGGCGGGAAGCACUAUUUGCCGAGUGGUGAUUAUGCUUACUUUGAAGACGGGUUCGAAUAG